AACAUAGAAAAUCGCAUAGAAUCUCUUCUUUGUUAUUGUUGUUGAGGGUUCAUAAGGUGACUGAUAAUGGGGAGACCACCUUGCUGUGACAAAGCCGGUAUUAAGAAAGGGCCAUGGACUCCUGAAGAAGACAUCAUCUUAGUGUCUUAUAUUCAACAACAUGGUCCUGGGAAUUGGAGGGCUGUUCCAACCCAUGCAGGGUUGCUCAGAUGUAGCAAGAGUUGCAGGCUAAGGUGGACUAACUACUUGAGACCAGGGAUUAAAAGGGGUAACUUUACAGAACAUGAAGAGAAAAUGAUAAUCCACCUUCAAGCUCUUUUAGGCAACAGAUGGGCUGCAAUAGCAUCUUACCUGCCUCAAAGGACAGACAAUGACAUUAAAAACUAUUGGAACAUUCAUUUGAAGAAGAAGCUUAGGAAACUCCAUGGUAGUGAAGGUUAUUGCAGAAGUGGGUUUUCAUCAUCAGCUUCAUCGGAUCAUAUUUCUAGGGGUCAAUGGGAGAGGAAGUUGCAGACUGAUAUAAAUAUGGCUAAGCAGGCUUUAUCAGAUGCAUUGUCCCCUGAGAAAUCAAGUGGUUUAACUGAGUUGAAACCCUGUAAUGGGAGCAUUUAUGCAAAACCAGGAGGGUAUGCAUCAAGCACUGAGAAUAUAGCUAAGAUGUUAAAAGGGUGGAUGAGUAAGAGUCCAUUAAAGCCUGGCUGGACAGGCUGUGGUGUCACGGAGCAGUCGGUUAAUUCUAGUGAUGGGACUGAUGAAGAUUCAAGGAAGGAAGAAGAAAAGAGGUGCAGCAAGGAAAUGACUGAGGCUCUUGAGUCGUUAUUUGCGUUUGAAUCUUUUGAUUCUUCAAACUCUGAUGAUUUCUCACAAUCUAUGUCAACUGAGCCGGAUCUUGAUCCCCAUGCAGGCCAACUUUCAUUGCUUGAGAAAUGGCUAUUUGAUGACACUGCAAAUCAUGGGAGAGAUUGCCAACUCAGUGAUAUCACAUUAGAUGAAAAUCCUAUGUUUCUUCUAAAUGGGGGGACUUGAGUUCUUUUGGGUAUUCUUUGAUCUUGGCUUA